AUGGAGCAGAAGAAUGAAAAUUCAACUGACUUUAUCCUCCUGUGGCUCUUCCCCUGCUUCAGGUAUCCCUACCUCCUCAUUCUCCUCUUUCUUUUCAUCUACAUUAUUGCCUUUAUGGGAAAGUCCAUACUAAUCCUCCUCAUCUGGCUGGACUCUCACCUCCACACCCCCAUGUACUUCCUGCUCAGUCAGCUUUCCUUCAUUGACUUGGCUUAUAUCUCCAGCACAGUCCCCAAAAUGGUUACUAACUAUUACACAGGGAAGAAGAGCAUUUCCUGUUUUGCUUGUGCCACUCAGCUUCUUUACUUCCUCACCCUUGGUCUUGCUGAGUGCAUCCUGCUGAUCCUAAUGGCCUAUCAUCACUAUGUGGCUGUCUGUAACACCCUGAGAUACAAAAUUCUCAUGAACCCCAAGGUCUGUCUGAAGAUGGCUUCUGGAGACUGGAGUGGGGGAGCCCUUACAGCCCUUGUACACACCAUCUACCCAAUGAAUUUCCCAAUCUGUGGUUCCAGGGAAAUUAAUCAUUACUUUUGUGAGAUGCCUGCCAUCCUGAGGAUGUCUUGUGUGUACAUACCAGCCUAUGAGAUGGUAAAAUUUGUAUCAACAAUUGUGUUUCUUCUCCUGAUCCCAUUUUUUCUUAGUAUGGUCUCCUACACUCUUAUCUUCCUUAGUGAUCUGAGGAUGAAUUCUCCGAAAGGCAGUAACAAAGCCCUGGCCACCUGCUUCUCCCACCUGACAGUGGUGAGUCUCUUUAUUUAUAUGACACCCACUUCUUCUCACACACCUGAACAAGAUCAAAAUGCAGCUGUGCUUGGCACCAUCAUGACCCCCAUACACAAUCCACUCAUCUACAGCUUGAGGAACAAAGAAGUGGUGGGGGCUCUGAGGAAGUGCAUGGAAAGAUGUGGCAAUUGA